AGUGGUUAGAUAGUGGAAACAUGACAAUGACUAGGACAACUCUCAAUCUUAUACAUAUCAUAACCUUAUUGUGAAAAUGAAAUGAAAAUACUAUAUUUGACUCUCUGUAGCUCAACACAACCAAGCACAAAAAUACACAUUUCAACCACCACUCCCCAUUCUCCAAUAACAUUACAAACACUCUUCCCCAUCCAUUUCCACUUUUUAUAAUAUUAUUAUUAUAUUAUACUUCAUCAACACAAAUAAUAAUACUAUAAGUAUAAGACAGUGCCUUUCAUUUCCAUUUUUAUAUUUAUACUAUACUAUUUAUUUAUUUAUAUAAAAAAUUUGAACUAUGAGUCUCUCUUUGAAGAUGGAAGAUUCAUUAGUUCUGCAGUUUUGUGGUAUUGGUCAUCAUAACCAUGUUGGUAACAAGAUUUGAGCGGGAACAAAAAAGAUAGCUAUAGCUUCUAAAGUUUGCUAUAGAGGAGUGUUGAAGGCUGAUUUAAUUGCGGCGCGGAUAAGUCCAUUGAGCAUGAAUUCUCCGUCCGCACAGUUUGUUUCCUCGAGAAGGAUGAGUGUGUAUGAUCCUAUUCACCAGAUUAAUAUGUGGGGAGAAGGCUUCAAAAGUAACGGCAAUUUAAGCGCAUCCAUUCCCUUAAUUGAUGAGGCGGACUUGAAGUUUGAUAGUAGUCAGUCAGAGGAUGCUUCUCAUGGUAUGCUAGGAACAUCUAACAAGUAUGAGCAAGAAGCUAAUAGACCUAUUGAUAAGAUACAAAGGCGUCUUGCACAAAAUCGAGAAGCUGCUCGUAAGAGCCGUCUGCGAAAAAAGGCUUAUGUGCAGCAGUUAGAAUCGAGUCGUUUGAAGUUAGUGCAGUUGGAGCAAGAGCUCGAACGUGUUAGACAGCAGGGAAUGUAUAUGGGUGGUGGGUUGGAUUCUAAUAAUAUGUGUUUUGCUGGACCUGUGAAUCCAGGAAUUGCAGCCUUUGAGAUGGAGUAUGGACAUUGGGUUGAUGAGCAAAACCGACAAAUCUCGGAAAUGAGAAAUGCUUUAAACUCGCAUAUUAGUGACAUAGAGCUCAGGAUGCUGGUUGAUGGUAUGAUGAACCACUAUGCUGAAAUCUAUCGAAUGAAAUCUGCGGCUGCAAAAACAGAUGUUUUUUAUGUGAUGUCCGGCAUGUGGAAAACAACGGCUGAAAGAUUUUUCUUGUGGAUCGGUGGAUUUCGUCCUUCUGAGCUUCUCAAGAUUCUUGGUCCAAUGAUUGAACCGUUGACAGAGCAACAACGAUUGGAUAUCGAUAACCUUGGACAAUCGUGUCAACAAGCAGAAGAUGCCCUUUCACAAGGCAUGGAGAAACUGCGGCAAACACUCGCUGAUAGCGUAGCAGCUGGACAAUUCAUUGAAGGAACUUAUAUUCCACAGAUGGCUACCGCAAUGGAGAAGUUAGAAGCUCUUGUGAGCUUUGUGAACCAGGCUGACCAUCUUCGGCAGGAAACCUUGCAGCAAAUGUCGCGAACACUUACAAUCCGUCAGUCAGCUCGAUGUUUGCUUGCUUUGGGAGAAUAUUUCCAACGCCUGAGGGCUUUGAGCUCACUAUGGUCUAAUCGACCCCGAGAACCUGCUUAGUCUUGCAACAAGACUAUAAUAUUAAUGUAAACUUUGUAAUGAAACGUGAUGAGUAUGGUCAUUUUCAUUGGCCACAAGCGUCAAAACCAUAUACAAUGUGUGGUUUAGGCUGCUCAAAUUUUUCCUGCAGUCUUUUGUUGUGGAGAAGCUGUGAAUAUGACUGCUCAUUUUAUGCAAUAGGAGUUUGUAAAUAAAUUAAUUUUGGAUGCAUGUAUAUUUGGAUUGUUGCAAAAUGAUAUGCUUAGAAUAUGCAAUUUAGUCUGUGUGAAA